ACGGCUUUCAUGCAACAGCUUUCAUGCCCCGACCGUCUGCUCUUUGAAAGUGAGAGUGCCUCAUUUAUUGCGCCCUGCAGAACUACCAAAGUUUUUUGUGUGGAAUUUCUCAAUCUUAUCUCCCACUCACGGAAAUAGCACCAGACUCAUCAACAUUUAUGCUGAAACUCUAUUACUUGGGUAGCAUUCAAGGAGAACGUGCAUGGGUGUUUUAAAUUUCGAUGUCAGUUUUCACAUUUCGACAGUUUUGGACUUUGAUAAGUGUUCUGGAGCAUUCUGGAUUAUUUUGGAUUUAAAAGAUUUGUACCAUGUGGAGGAUUAAUAUUAUGAAUGGAGAAGCAAUUUCUGAAUUCUCAUCUUUCAAGCUCGCCAGAAAAACUUCAACAACUUCGGACGCAGUAUCCAUGGAUAUCUGAAUUAUUGCCAGGAAUCGAGGACUUCCUGUGCCGCGUGUUAGCUAGGGAGGAGCUGUCGGGGCCCGCGGAGGAGCUGCGCCUCUACUUCAUAGAGCGUUUAGAUAUACUCAAGCUCCCUCCAUCUCUACCUCCCCGACACUCAGCUGGCGCCUUAGACAACAUACCAGUAUCUCCCGUAAAAUUUUCUCCCGUAAAAGAGCCCUCGCCACCAUCUCCUAACAGGGAGCUACCCAAGUCACCUUCCCCCAAACGGGACCUGGUCAAAUCCCCGAGCUGUCCGAGUAAUGUGGUCAAGGACAUCAUUGAGGAUGAUUUCGCUGCCUACCAGCGGGAGAUCUCCCGUGCCCUGCUGGCACAGAACUCCGAUGUCAUCACGGCUGAGGAUGACAAGGAAGAAGACAGUGAAGAUGAAAAGGGUGUAAAAGUGUACGACGAUAUUGACAUUGACCAGAUUCUGUCAGAAACUCCGGAAAAAACAAAAAGUAGAAAUGCUGACGUGAUUGAUGAAACAAACCUGUACGAAAUUCCUGUGUUAAAACGACUUCCAUUCCAAGAUGAGAAUACUGAUGGGAAAUCAGAUAGAGAUGUUCUUGUGGAUUCUACGGCAACAGAACCAAGCCAUGUGGAGAAAUCUGAUGUCAUGCCUCCUCCUCCCCUACCCCCUCCUCUCCCUCCGCGGCGGGAACGAGCCGUUUCCGAUGCUCAGAGUCGGAGUUCCGUGGGAAGUAUCUUGGAAGACAAGCCCCCAGAUUUACCUGAAAGACCAAAUCUACCUUCAAAGUCCGGGAUUCUCAAACAUGAUUCUAAGUCUGAGAAGUCGCUGGACACAAUGGAUGAGAUGGACAACUGUGACGGGACAUCUUACGAGUCGUAUGAAGAGGAAUAUCAACAACAGGAUUUGGACGCCAUGAACAAAUUCAACAUCAAAUUGCCAAAACCUUUAAAGAAAUCUAAAAGAAAUCAGAAAACUACCAAGUCUCGUUCCUCUAAAGAGUGGGAUAUUGCCCUGCCAUUUGGCUGUUUGGAGGAGGUUACAUUGUCAGGAGAGCUCCAAUACAAGGGGAAGUUAUCCUGGACGCGGAAGUUGGUGGCUCUAACGGAGGGUCGGAUGGUGUGUUACAAGCCAGACAAAGCGGACAGUAAGCCCGCUGUUGUGAUCAACCUGACCGGGUAUGACGCUAAGUUUGCUGAGAGAGACAAUCACCGAGGUUUUGACAUACGUUUGAUGCACCCAGCCAUGGAGAUGCACCAUUUCCUGACGGACUUCAAGGAUUGGGCCAGCAUGUGGUGUGAGUAUGUGAAUAACAUGGCCCAAGGAAAGACCCCUCCCGGUCAGUACCACCACCUGGCACGUACGUCCACCUUCACCGGUCUGGCUGCAAGUCAUGUGUAUGGAAGUAAGACUGAUAUCGGCCACUCAGUAUCCAACCUGUCCACGUGUAGCAGUGAUAACCAAGAGUUUGAUCCCUCGUCUCUUAAACGUCGUAAACGAAUGGAAGCAUCAGAUUCACAACUCCACCUGAUACUGAGAGAACAUUCCAGGAAAGUCAGCAGGAUGGGCUCUAUAGCGUUCCGGGCGACACAGUUUUUUGAAAACAUUGGUAAGAAGCCGACUACAAAGAAGUCCUCGUCCUUCUACAGUCCGUCAGGGAUGAGCCUCGGGGACCUGAAGGAAACACGACUCAGUACCUGUAGUGAUUCCCUAGGCUUUCUCCCGACCCCCUCCUCCCCUUCCUCCUCCGUUCCGGACACACCGGUCUUCCUGGAAGCUCCACAGGAUGCCAUGAGUCUCACGCGGUCUCCAGUGGAGAAAAAAAUGUGCCAUAUCGACCCACGGAUUAAACACCAAGGUUACCUGCAUAUCUAUAGCAGCUUUAACCGGCGACGCUGGGGCCAGCGGUGGUGUGUCGUGCGGGGCAGUAUGCUGGAAUGUUACCGUAAUGAGACCAGCACAGUGUGCGAACUCGAGGUCUGGCUUCGCAACUGUUUCCUACGACGUGCGACCGCGGAGACAAAGAGUGAACUAGGGCUGAUGCUGGAGGAGAAGGGAGUGGAAAAAAUCACGAUAGAGCCUCUGAACCGCAGUGAGAUGGGCAGGUGGUUACGGACCCUGAUGAAUGAGAGUAUGACACAGCAGGUCCCGGAGGGUCUCGAGGAUGUUUGGGAGGAGGAGGAAUCACCGUACCAUGACAUCAAAACAGAAGAUCUUAACUCGUCCGACGGCUUCAAUUACAAGGAUCCGCCUGAGCCUCCAGCCCGCCCAGCUCAUCACUACGACCUUGAGGACAAUGACACCUUAACUACGAUAGACUUCAACAACUCUCUAAGUCUGAACUCUCCGUGCAGCACAGGGGAGGAAAAUGGAGAGGAUGAAAGUCCACAUGUACGAGGGAAUGUGACUGGAGAGUUGUACACGCAGGUACGGAAGAGUUCCACUGGAACGAUGGAAGAGGAGAUGAAAGAAGUGAAUUCCGUGAUAAAGAAUAAUUCUCUUACAAAAGCUGAAGAAGGUCAUUUCACGUUCUCCUCACCAAGGGGAGCUAACUCACCCCUAGGGGACACAUCAGUGUUUGGUUCUUCCUACCAGGGAGAUGAUGGAAGUGGCGAGGGUAGUAUGUUUGCUGAUAUUUUAACCAAAAUUAACCGUCAUUUUAGCCGAGAAAAUGAACAGAAUGACCCUGAUAGUACAAAUCAAGAUCACUUUCGAAUAGAAAGUGAUCAUCCUAGUUCGGAAAAUGAGCAAUUUACUGCUAGUUCAGAAAAUACACAAGAUGAUAUUGAGCAAUUACUUUGCGAAAAUGGGCUUGACGAAAUUGUGGAAGAUAGCGACUCGGAUAAAAAUACAGACACAGCAUACAAUAGUGGUGUUAACUCGGAAAACAGUUCUCUGGAGCGGAAAAACCGCGGCAGUGAUCAAGGAUCUCUAACACAUUCCCAGAAUGACCUUGACACCAUGAGUCAGGCCACAGACAUACUGGUCAGUCCCCUCGAGGAUUCUGUGACCUUUCCUGGCUGUAACGACCUCGUACAGAUAGAGGUCACGAGUCCCGAUGAGGAUUCAAACUUUCAAAAUAUGGACCAAUCAGAUAAUGGAAUUGCCCUCAUGGACAAUUCAGAUACUGGAGAUUAUCCGCCAAUUAUCCAAUUCCUGGAGAAUGACCAGUCAGGGUGGAAUGGUACAGAAAAUAAAAAGGAUUUUAUGAACAGCAAGACAUCACGUGACCAAUGUGACUCAGCGAUCUACGAGGCUGAGGUAGACUGUGAGGAACUACCGCAGGUGACUUUACAGAAAGUGGAACAGCUGCGUGAACACUUGGUGGAGUUGAAGGAUAAAAGAAUAUCGGUGCGGGACCAGAAAAACCAGAUGGGGACCGGAUCGUGGGAGCGUGACUCCCUCGAGGAAGAGUACCUCCAGCUGGACCAUGAGUGUAAACAGGUCGCUACCCAAAUCUCCGUCCUAGAACAGCAAGUGUAGUGAUACGACCACCUCUCUAUGUCCACCUUGUUUGCCUUAGGAAAUUAAAUACGGAACAACUUCUUUGGAGAAGAUGGUGUUCGAUGUAUCUCCAAAACUUCUCCAAACAAUUUAUAAGGAAUAUCAGAACGUAAAUUUACACGAGUUUCUCAACAAAGAAAUAUAUAUCCGACUGAUUAGAAAUGUGAGCUAACGGAAGGUUUGGAUAUCUGAGAUAUCUAGGUAUCUGUUUGUAUAUCCAAGAAACUGUACUGUUAUAAAACCUGAUCUGCCUCUGGAUUAAUCUCAGAAAUCGGACUGUUCGGCUACCAGUAAUUUUAUUAUCCUGUGGUUUGUAAAACUUUUGUAUUUGGUACAGGUUACUAUACCAAUUGUUUUAGUGAAUUCUUGUUGGGAAAAGUUGUAAUACCCAAAAUGUUUUAUGGAAAAGAAAAGGUCUGGACUUACAAGGGUUUUAAAGUAGAAACAAAAAAUGUCAUAUUCUGCUUGAUGAAUAUUAGUACUGUGGUAUAAUAAUAACUUAUCAAAGGAGCUCUAUAUAUAGAUUGCUGUGUACCAUGUGAUGUGAUUUAACCAGUCACAGUUACACGAAAGAGUUCUAUAUAUAGAUUGAUGUGUGCCAUGUGAUGUGUUUAAAGCAGUCACAGCCUACCAAAAGAGUUCUAUAAAUAGAUUGCUGUGUACCAUGUGAUGUGAUUUAACCAGUCACAGCUACCGAAAGAGUUCUAUAAAUAGAUUGAUGUGUACCAUGUGAUGUGAUUUAACCAGUUACAGCUACACAAAAGAGCUCUAUAUAUAGAUUGCUGUGUACCAUGUAAUGUGAUUUAACCAGUCACAGCUACACGAAAGAGUUCUAUAUAUAGAUUGCUGUGUACCAUGUGAUGUGAUUUAACCAGUCACAGCUACACGAAAGAGCUCUAUAUAUAGAUUGCUACAUAUUAGAAUAUUAAUGUUAUGUAUGAUUAUGAUGCACUUCAGAUGCAGGAUUUGGUAGAUUUGGUAUCCCAGAUCAUCAACUAUCAUGUCAGUGCUACGUGUUUUAAAUGGAAUACGAAAUAACCCUAGACCAAGUGCUAAUCAGUCUAUAAAUAGAUUUAUUACAGGUAACAGGCAGUGCUUACAAUGUGUAUUUGGCAAAUAAAACAUAUAUUAAUGGGAGGGUGAUUUUCAAUUUUAUUGGAAAGAGACCUUUUGCAAAAUGUUGACUUUUAUUGAAGAAUAAAUAAGAUGUAGGACAGUGCUGAAGGGUCCCAGCUGGUCGUCAAUAUCAUUUCACAAUUUUUAAAAGAAAUCUUUCAGUUAAGGUGUUAUUGUUAAGUUUCCAAUAUCAAAGAAGAUCUGAACUUUCCAUAAAUGCCACCAGUACUAGAAAAUUCUGACAAGUGCUUGAAUAAAAAAAAUAUAUAUAUAUUGUUUAGGGCCAUAAUAUGUACAUGUUACUUAUGGGAAAAGUAAAACACAUGCUUUUGGAUAUAAAUUGACUGUAUACAUGGAAGGUAAAAUCUGAGGACCCUUGGAUUUGAAAGUAGACCAGUCCCAGAGUAAACUAAGAACUCCUAUACCACAGGUUGUCUUACAGGCUGUUGGUAUAGGAUUUUAGAGGUGUAUCAAAAUAUGAUGAGAUUUCUUCAGGUUGUCAUAUACAUUGUACAUCAAAUAUCCAUAUAUAAUGUAUUACAAAAAGAAAACCAGGUCAAUAAUUGGCUUAACUCAUGCACCCCUGAAAUUUUAUAAUGAACUAUUCCGGCCUUUGAAUUGGAAGAGUUCAAAUGUGUCUUCAGGAGUGAAUGAGUUAAAUUCUGAAAACCAGCAGGAACCCUUCUGUAACGAUAAUAUGGCAGUGAUUAAAAAUUAAUUAGCUGUCAAUUUAGUAACUUAACUUUUUGAGAAAUAUCUGUUAAGGACCAAUUGUUGGUAAGAAAUGGCGAUGCAUUAUUAUUCAAUCUCACUCACAUCGGGUGUGAAAUGUAAUAUGUGAUGAAUAAUCAAAAACAUUAAAUCAAAGUCUUGUAUUUUUUCUAUUUUAUGAACAAGAUAGCAAGUAAAAUCAAAUUACCUGGAGUGGAUUGUAUCGACAAGUGACAUAUGUAUAAGAUAAGCAAAAUACAUUAUUUCAUAAAUGAAUAUUGAAAUAUAUUUAUAUGACAAAUCAAACACUUGAUUCAGAAUGAAUUUUUUCCAAUAAUUUUACUCGGUUUUUCUUCAAAUAGUUGUGUGUUUUUGUCGUACUUAAAUAUUCUGUAGACAGGAGGUCACAAAGCUCCCGACCUGUGUGAAGGGGAGAUAAGUUAAGGUUGUAUUAGCCGGUCAUUUUACUGUUUUGUUAUACAUUGAAAUAGACCCGUGUUUUUGUUGGACAUUUUUUAAGGUUGUGCUUUGUUUUUUAUUAUGAGUAGUUAAUGUUUCUGAUUUUAUGACGGAUGUUAGUGAUACAAUGAGCUACACUAAGUGUACAAGGCCAUACUGCACGGCAUUUAUUAUACGGAGAUCUAAACACAGUUCAGGACUCCGACUGUACAUCUAAUGUUGUCUGCCAGAUACAUGUACACCUUUAGCUUUUUGUAAAGUGAGCAUUUCUUUUGAUGUGAAGAUUUACCUGAAUGCAUGCUGUUUUGAUAUUUUUCAGCACUAUGUACACAUAAUAUAUGGUGCACUCAAACCUUUAUUUAGAGACCACCUUCGGGAAGUCAGUUAACUCAGUCACCCCUGAAAUUUCAUAAUGAACUAUUCCAACCUUUGAAUUGGAAGAGUUUAAAUUCAUCUUCAGGGGUUAAGUGGCUUCUUUGACUCUUAUUGCAGGUUGUCUCUUUAUACAGGAUCAGUUCACAUGAAAAUUCAAAAAAAAAACGGAUUUGAUUAUUAAACCUGUCUUAUCCACCCUCUGAGUAUUCUGACAUUCUUUAUGAUCCGACAUAAUGUUAUUCCAUCAUUUACGAAAACUACCAAACAUUAAACAUAGUGUGUGUUUUGACAUUCUUUCUUACCUGUUCAGAUUGCUGUUUCCUACAGGGUGUCAACUAAGACAUGUGUCAUUUUCCUACAGUGUGUCAGAUAAGACAUGUGUCAUUUUCCUAUAGUGUGUCAGAUAAGACAUGUGUCAUUUUCCUACAGUGUGUCAGAUUAGACAGGUUUCAUUUUCUUACAGGGUGUCAAAUAAGACAGGUUUCAUUUUCCUACAUGGUGUCAAUUAAGACAGGUUUUAUUUUCCUACAGGGUGUCAGAUAAGACAGGUUUCUGUUAAUAUCAAAGCUUUAGGGAGAGGAAAAUUAAAAUGGAAAAACAUUUGUUAGAUUCAGAUUUGCUGGUACAUUUAGUUAGGUGGAGCCAGUAAAUUUAUAAGAGUUUAUUGUACUGUUAUUAUAAUUUGGUUCUGAUAUAAAAUAACUGUAGAGAUAAAAUCUUCAGGCAAUAUUUGCUGUGCAGUAGUUUUAUAACUUGCCAUCCCUAAAUAUAUUACUGCUUUAAAUCAUCUAAAUGGACUGAGUCCAUUACAAUAGUUUAGGGGUGACAGGUGCUGUUAAGUUUGUAUAAUUGCAUAAAUUACAUUCAUCUUUGUUUUGUAUUUUAUUGCUAUUCAUAUAUUUAUUGUAUGAUUCCACAAUAUUUUGUAUUCAUUUGCGUGUGCUGUCUAAUUUGACCCAGCUAAUCUGAUAUUGGACUGGACUAUAUGUGUGUACAGCCAGACCCAGGGAGUGUCGGGGUAUUUAUUUAGGACACAUUUUAUACCUUACCUUUGCACUUUAGACAUUUUUCAGAAUUUUACAAAGAAAUAACAUCAACAACUUAUUACUUCAGUUUUGAAAGCAAAUUGACAUGUUUGUAACAAUUUCUAGAUGACAUUUUUUCUGUCACAGAAAAUGAAUACAAAUAAUUUGUAGUAGUUAUUGAUUAUCAUGAUAAUUGAGAGAAAAAGUGCAACUUUUUUUUUAAUUGCUUAUCUCCCUUAGCUCAUUUAUUUACAGUCAGAUGUGACAGAACCCACAUCGUAGUAGUCGUAAGUUUUCUGUAAUUCCUUUGGGAACAGGGUUAUAAGUAGGAUGGACACAGGAAGUUCUCUUUUAGGAAUAGGGUAAAAGGUCAAUGUCACAGGGUCAUAAGUGUAAUUCUCUCACAACCUUGUCUAAAUGAUAGUCUCUUGGUAUUUUUUACUCCUCACUUAGACCAAAGAGAUGAAUACGAGUUGUGGACAAAUUACGGGAACGAUUUGUAGAAUGUACUAUUGAUUCUCAUCAUGAAAUAUUGUUGUUCAAAGUUAAUUGAAGAUAUAGGAUGUUAAGUAUUGGACUAUACAGUGUUAUUGCUGGGCUAGAAACAUUUAUAUAAAGAUACAAUAACAUAAUUAGAAUUAUGAAAUUUUGUUGUAGUGUUAGAGAUGUACUUGAAAGAUAUACAGCCUUGUUAUAGUGUUAGAAACACAUGUACUCUCCUGUAUGUACUGUUUACUAAAGUUCUCCUUCAAAAGGAUUCUAUAUUGAUUUAUAUGCUGUAGAAUGGUCUAAUAAAUGUUAUUGUACUUUUUUUCACAGGUUUGUUUUUUCCCCUGUAGACUAAGAGGUCUAGAGUCCCCUGGGGGGUAUGGGGGUUUGGGGAAGUAGGUUUUUAGGGGUCGGAGGGGUAGAUUAAUGGAAAAAGGAGGUUUGGUGAAGAGGGAUGGUAGGGGCAGGAGGUUUAGGGUAGUAGGUUGUUAGGGGUAGGGGGUUGGGUUUUUAUGGGAAGGGGGUCUUAAAUGGCUUUCUGUUUUACUCUUCCCUGAAAUACUGACACCAUAUUGUUUGAGAUUUGAAAAGUAAGCAAAUGAAAAGUCAAAAUCUCACCAGAUUUAUGGCCGACACUGAGCCCCAAUAAUAUUUUAGAGGAGACAACCCUUGGAUAGAAAACCAUUUAUAUUUUUGUGUUACAUUCCUAGCUACAUGUACCUGACUGUUUUCUGUAGACUGUGUUUUAGCUACUGUUGUGUCCGUCUAUCUGUCUGUCUGUCUAUCUGUCCUCUGUCUGUCAGUCAGACAAGUUACUAAGUAUUACUUUCAUCCCUAUCUAGUAACUAUGACAACACAUCAUCCAGUUUUAUCAAACAGUCCCAUUCCUGUUGCUAGUCAUGGUUUCCAUGGUAACACUAUUACUCUCUAUAAACUGUUUGAUUUUGUCAAUAUCUUCAAGUUUCCAUGCAAACUUGGCCCGUCGAGACUCUAGUCACAUGUCUGGGCUGUAAAAUGUGCAAUUACAGGAAAAAACCCAUGUCAUAAUGUUCAUCACUCAUCUGUUACAACAUGGAAUUGGUCAUCACAUGUGACCUGUUGUCAUUGACAACCUUGUUGAUUUGUCAAGUGUUGUGAUGGACAAACUCUAGGUUAGGUCAUAAACAACCUCAUUGGUUGCGACUUUAUUUUAGUUACUACAGAACCUGUGUAUUCUGACAUUUGUGACAUUAUGUAUCCCUAGUACUACAGAACCUGUGUAUUCUGACACUCCUAGUAAUGAGGUACAUUAACGGAUUCAUGUGUCAGAAUCUUGUGAUGUGUAUAUCGAUUCACUGGCCUACAACUGGAGAUUUUUAUAUGGGUACAAGUUCCAAGGUUAUGACAAUGACUGAUAAAUGUGUCCAUCUGCCAGUCAUGACCUUGAUGAUAACUAUGCCAGUAAAGCAGUACUUUCUUGACUGAUUCUCUAUCCCCACUCCAGGAAGUCUCUUCUGGAGACUUGACAGGGGAAUCAAUUUGGUCCUCCCUGUAUAUACCAAUGCCCCUUCCCCAGCCACCAGGAAUGAGCCUUCCAUGGUUCCAUAGGAUUUCACUGCUGUCACCCAUCCAGCCACUGACCCCACUCUGACCAGGCACUGACCACUUUCUGACCCCACUCACACUCUGACCACGCUCAAUGUUCUUUUACAUUAGAGUCAGUCCCAGAGUUAUACCAUGUCACUAGAAAAAAAAACUAGCCAGUCUUUAACUCAUUCAGACCUGAAAUUUGAUAAUGCACUAUUGAAACCUUUGAAUAGAAAGAGUUUAAAUGUGCCUUCAGUGGUGAAUGAGUCAAAGCCGAACUUAUCCGUCAUAGUCCUUGGCUGCUACAUAUGUGUUCAUGGGUCAGAAACUAGAGACACAUACGUGAUUACAGAUUCACAAGUCAAGAGCCCGUAGGUGUAAGGUUCAUGAGUGAUACUUGGAAUAUGGUAGGUUCGGGGAGAAUCCACAGAGAAGAUACAUGUGUGUCUACCGUCAUCUAUGUACCCUGUCAUCAAGGUUAAACCUACCAUGUUAUCACAUUCUAUCUUAUCAAUUGUCAAGGGUACACCGGUUUUCCCAUACUCAAGGUCAUUUAAGGUCGGCCAGAUACUGAGUUACCUGACGGGACACCGUCUAUCUCGGUCAGUAGAGAAAUGUUCAGAUACAUACAGGGGUUUGUCUUGUGUGAAAAAAUCCAAACAUAUCAAAUACAUACAGCACCUGUAGAAUUGAUCGUCGUUAUAUAGUUUUUAAUGUUCAAUUUAUUUCACAACAUUACAUUCAAUAAAACAAAUGUAUUUGAAAUAAAUCAAAAUAGAUGUACAAGUUUUGAACAUAGUCUUUCUGUGCUAAUUACAGUCACAUGGUGACUUUUUAUCCCACUCAUCCCUCGAGUCACCUUUGGACUGCUCUAAAUCAAAUAAUGGCAAAGUCCAUAAUGGAAUUCCAAGGGUGAUCAGGUAAAUUCUUCACAAAUAUUGCAUUGAUUUUUUGUUUAUAAUCAUGGCUACACACAUAUUACCCCUUUUAAAGGUCAAAGGUUAGCAGAUUUUAUGUAACUCACUUUUCCUUGCUUACACUGUUUUAUGAAAGAUUUAUCUUGUAUCAUGCCAUUCUCUGUUGGAAUGGAAUGGGCUAUAUAUCCAACAUGCGGACCAUUCCAUUUGUGAUAUUAGGGAGAUGUAGCUGUGUGUACUCUUAUUUGAUGAUAUUAUGGGGAAGAACUAUACCUGACCACUUUUGUCAUCGCUGCAUAGAAAUAAAAUAUUUUAUGAUA